AUGGAUUUUAAUGAUGAUGCCGCUGCGAAUGUUUAUAUGUCGGUCGAAGAAGUUCCAGAAAACCUUCUUCCUAAUGAUCAAGAUCCUUUGCGACUUGAUGAGAGGGUUGUUACUAUAGAUAUUGGGAAUAAGAUUUUUACUUGUACAUGUCGUAUGUUCGAGAACCGGGGAUUCUUAUGUCGCCAUGUUUUAAAGAUAUUAGACUUCUUAGGGAGUUCUGUCCAAUACCAGUCCUUGAACUCCAUACCUGACCACUACAUAUUGAAGCGUUGGACUAAAGGAAUUCGUCCAUCCCUUGAUGCUUUAAAACCCAUCAGUAUUGGAGGUAUUCAUGAUACUACUUUUGCACAAAGAUAUCAACAAGCUUAUGGUGUUAUGCUUCAGAUUAUAACCCGUGUUUGCUUGGACCCUGAUGCGUGCCAAUUUUUUCUUAAUGCUGCAAUUGAAUGUGGGAAGCAAGCGGAAGAGUUGAUUGUUGCUAAAGGUGUUUCUGGUCAACCUUCAUCUUCCAGGUCUGCAUCUUGCAAAGAUACUAGUAUUUCUGAACCUUUUGUAGUUGAUUCUAGUGCACGAAAGUUCAAAAAGAGACCCAAUCCAAUCAGGUCUAAGAAACGGCUCAAAAGUGAUUAUGAGUUAGCUAGGGAGAGACAAAGAUUCAUCGCACAACGGAAGAAACAAAAGAAAGAAGAAGAUGCUGCAAAAUUAGCUUUAACAAUCAACAAUGUUGAUUGA